CACAGAGACAUCCAUUCUGUCACCAUGUUCAAAGGAGCCCUGUUGACAUUAGGCCUGGUCAUGGUAUUUGUGCACCUUGCACAUAGUACCGACGGUCAUUCUUCACUUUAUGGGGUAAAAUUGUGUGGAAGAGAGUUCAUACGAGCCGUCAUUUUCACAUGUGGUGGUUCUCGCUGGAGAAGAAGCGUGGAAGACUCAGGCCUCAUUGGAGAAGAAAUCCUGGAUCCGUGGCGGGCGAUUCCAAUCCCUCAGCUUUCUGAGAAAGAUCCUGCUAAUUCCCAAGCACUGAAAGAUCAAGUGAUGAAUGCUGUUGGGUUCAGCCGCUCAGCUCGCUCACCGCUCUCAGAGAAAUUGCUGGAGGUUCUGCAGGGGGAAGGCAGGAAAGGACGGGAAGUAGAGUUCGGACUGUCCAACUCUUGCUGCAAGUGGGGCUGCAGCAAGAGUGAGAUCAGCUCUCUUUGCUGAAGAUGAUUUACCCCCUUAACUGUCUGACAUGGAGAAUUUUUUUUAUAAACCCCAUCUUAAAACUAAUGAUUUUCCAUAUAUUAAUGAAAAGAAUUUACUGUGACUGUCACAUGCUGAAAAUGUGUUUAAUAAAUCUUUGAGUUAUCGAUUUAGAAUCUGUUCCUUUAAAAAGAACAAAUGUGAUAUUUCAUGCAAUUAAAGAUGUUUCCACUUACACAAAAUAUUGUUUCACAAACGGUGUUGUCAAGGAUUUCAAAAUAAAGGAAGUAG